AUGGAUGCACACAUCAGCAGAGCUACCGAAGAAUUGAUUGCAUGGUUGCGAACGCUGGAAAUCGAUGAUCGAUCAAUACGCCUGAUCGUUGCCGAGCAAUACACCAAACAGGAUUUGUUCGAGUUUGUCACCAGAGAAGAACUGCUAGCGUUGGGCGUGGCCGGUGGAGCCACGUGUCGUAUAUGGCGAGUGGUGAGCGAUGCACGCGAACGAGCUCGUCGUGCACCGGUAUUUUUGUCACCGAUGCGAAGUCGUGACGAUUCCCUGGACGACUAUCACUCUUCGAUCGCGGACGAGAUGUACACUGUGGCUGAAAUGACGUGA